AAAUUUUUUCGAAAGUAGUCUUUGAGAAUAUUAGUCUAAAGAAUUGAUUCUAAUAAUGGGAUCCUUAAAAAUAACUUUAGUUACAGUAUUUAUUUUAAGUUGUAAAUUGAGUCAGUUAUCGGCGAGCGAAGGCGAUCGCUUGUACAUAUAUAAAGAUUGUCUCAAACGAUGCAUAUCGAGGAAUUGUGAUGAAAAUGGCCUUUUGUUCAGACAGAAUACAACAAUACAACAGGAUUUCUGGUGUAGGCUCUUCAGUUGGCGAUGCAUAGACGAGUGCAAGUAUCAUUGCAUGUGGUCUGCUGUAAAGAAAUUAGAGAAUGCUGGUCGGCAAGUAGUCAAGUUUCAUGGCAAGUGGCCAUUCAAACGGAUUAUGGGUAUGCAAGAGCCCGCAUCGGUAUUUGCAUCUCUACUCAAUUUGUUAGCAAACGCAUACAUGUAUUCCAAAUUAAGGACGGAGUUUUCAAUCAAAUCGAGACCUAUGGUGUUACUGUGGCAUUUAUUUGCUCUUGUGUGCAUGAACGCGUGGGUAUGGUCUAUGGUGUUCCACACAAGGGAUACUCCGUUCACAGAGUUCAUGGACUACACGUGCGCCCUGUCCAUGGUCAUGGGGCUGUACGUUGCUGCUGUUGUGAGAAUAUUGCAUAGUCAGAAGAAGAUCGUAGCGACGCUGCUGACGGGCUCGUUGCUGUACUUCGCGACGCACGUGCGGCUGCUGGCCACCGGGGUGGUUGACUACGACUACAACAUGACCGUCAACGUUAUCUUCGGCGCGGUGGGUUCGUUUAUCUGGCUGGUGUACGCGGGGUACCUGAGCGCGAGAGGCUCCCGCUACUCGUCGCGCAUGCUGUGGUUCGUGACGUGCUCCGCGGUCGUGCUGCCGCUGGAGCUGCUGGACUUCCCGCCGGUCCGCCGCGCGUGGGACGCGCACGCCGUGUGGCACCUCAGCACCGCGCCGCUGCCCCUGCUCUUCUACCAAUUCGUGAUUGAAGAUCUCCGUUAUACGCAGAGCAGACAAGACAAACUUUUGUAAAAACCGUAACAAUGUAACUUUAGUCUGUUGAUUUUUAAAUAAAACAGAACUUAAUCCACUACGAAGUGCUAUGUGUACUAUUUGAGCAUUGUUACUGAUUCAAUAAACGAGAGCUC